AUGGCCUCUCAGCCUCAGAAUUCGGGCGAUGAGUUCGUCCGUCCGUCCACCUACUCGAUCGAGCAAUCUUGGGGAGGGCAUAAUAACUUCAUGGCGUCCUAUGGUCUGAAGCCUGGUGAAGAAGAGGAAGCUUCGGCGAUCGCAGAGGCGUUCAAAGAUGCAGACGAGUACGAGUACCACCAAAGCCGGGACGGGGACACCGGCAAUCAUUGGUCGGGGGAGCACGUUGAGCAGUACGAUCGCUACGAGGAUGCGGGUGUGUACGCUGGUGCGGAUCCAGCUCGGGAGGAAGAAAUGGUGUCAGAUGGGCUCGCCACGGAUGCGGCCAGCGAUGCAGCGACCUACGAUCCAGACGAGGGAGGAUAUGGCGAAUACGACCCGAACGAGGAUAGCGUGUUCGACGACGACGCCUACGACGAUCCGGACCAGAAUGAUUAUGAAGCCGACGAAGACUAUUAG